AUGUCGAUGGUUGGCCUUCUUUGUGGGCGAAUAUUCCGUUUUCUUCAAUCAUUUCUCGGCAUUUUCAAGCGAGCAUUGUGCUUUUUGAGGAAAAGAGACAAUAAUAUUGGAGAAUUGCCGUUUACAGUCGCUGUUCAACGGUCUCCAUCCGAAGAUUCACUACAAUACAGCCAAAAACCUGUUGACUCAUGGGAUUCAAGUUGGGAACAAAAAGCUGAAGUUGAUGGAAAGAUUGAACAGUAUCGAUUGGAACAAGAAAAACAGCGAACAAAAUCCGUUGAAGCAUCGGAUGAGCCAAAUUUCUUUGAUGACAUGGCUCCAGAUAUUAAAAAAGCGAAAAAGGUUCUUCUGAAAACAAAACGAUCCGGUGUACACCAAUCGAGAAAUCUUUUCGAUUUUAAUAAUGACGGGAUCACAGCUCUGACAACGGUUUGUAAA